AUGGAGGAUGUGACCGCCAUGCACUGGAGGUGUUACGAGUGUAACAUGACUUUCUCCAAUCCUGAACUGUUACGGAAACACAAGGCACGUUUUUGUGUGGGAGGCGGUCUAGGCGAUCCUGACCAGCUUAUGCUGAGGCGAGGAUUUCGGUCAGAAAUACAUAGAAAUGGUACAGAUCUUCCAGACGAU